GCUGUCCAAUUUACAGGCUGCAGCAGCAGCUGCGUGCUGCAUUUCUCUGAAGUACUCCACGAUUUUGACUCCUUGCAAACUUUAUCAUCUUUGUUGCAGAGUCGGGAAUCAGUAUGCAUGGCCAGGACCCCGUCACACCCAUCAGAUUUCUCCUGUCCUGUCUUCUGCUCUGCCUGCUUGUUGGGAGAUCUCAACAUGAGGAUGACAUCAUAAUUACAACUAAAAAUGGAAAAGUUCGAGGGAUGAGCUUGCCAGUUCUGGGUGGCCUGGUAACAGCCUUUCUUGGGAUUCCCUAUGCCCAGCCUCCUCUCGGUAGACUGCGAUUCAAAAAGCCACAAUCCCUGACCAAGUGGUCUGAUGUUUGGAACGCCACAAAAUAUGCGAAUUCUUGCUUUCAAAUCAUAGACCGGACCUUUCCAGGCUUUCCUGGGUCUGAGAUGUGGAACCCGAAUACUGACCUCAGUGAAGACUGUUUAUAUUUGAACGUCUGGAGUCCAGUGCCUAAACCCCAAAACGCCACCGUAAUGGUCUGGAUUUACGGUGGUGGGUUUCAAUCUGGGACAUCCUCUUUACCUGUUUACAAUGGCAAAUUUCUAGCUCGUGUUGAAAGAGUUAUCGUCGUUUCAAUGAAUUAUAGAGUGGGUGCCCUAGGAUUCUUAGCUUUACCAGGAAAUCCUGAGGCACCAGGGAACAUGGGUUUAUUUGAUCAACAGUUGGCACUUCAUUGGGUCCAAAAAAAUAUAGCAGCCUUUGGAGGAAAUCCGAAAAGUGUGACUAUCUUUGGAGAAAGUGCAGGGGCAGCUUCAGUUAGCUUUCAUUUGCUGUCUCCAAAAAGCCACCCGUUGUUCACCAGAGCCAUUCUGCAAAGUGGAUCCUGCAACGCCGCAUGGGCGGUGACGCCUCUUCAUGAAGCUAGGAACAGAACACUAACCUUAGCUAAAUUAACGGGUUGCUCUAGAGAGAAUGAGACUGAGAUAAUAAAGUGUCUUCGAAGUAAAGCUCCCCAAGAAAUUCUUCUGAAUGAAGAAUCUGUUGUCCCUUACUCCCCCUUGUCGGUCAACUUUGGUCCGGUUGUGGAUGGCGAUUUUCUCACUGACACACCAGCUACACUCCUUCAACUCGGACAACUCAAAAAGACCCAGAUUUUGGCGGGUGUAAACCAAGAUGAAGGGACAGCUUUUCUGGUCUAUGGCGCUCCUGGUUUCAGCAAAGAUAACGACAGUAUCAUAACCAGGAAAGAAUUUCAAGAAGGUUUAAAACUGUUUUUCCCAAGAGUGAGUGAAUUUGGAAAGGAGUCUAUUUUUUUUCAUUACACAGACUGGUUAGAUGAUCAGAGACCAGAAAACUACCGGGACGCCUUAGACGAUGUUUUUGGAGAUUACAAUAUGAUAUGCCCUGCUUUGGAGUUCACCAAGAAGUUUUCAGAAUUGGGAAAUAAUGCCUUUUUCUACUAUUUUGAACAUCGAUCCUCCAAACUUCCUUGGCCAGAAUGGAUGGGGGUGAUGCAUGGCUAUGAAAUUGAAUUCGUCUUUGGUUUGCCUCUGGACAGAAGGGCUAAUUACACCAAAGCAGAAGACCUUUUGAGUAGAUCUAUAAUGAAACGCUGGGCAAAUUUUGCAAAGUAUGGACAUCCAAAUGGGACCCAGAGCAAUAGCACAAGAUGGCCAGUCUUCAAAAGCCCUGAAUAUAAAUACCUGACCUUGAAUACAGAGUCAUCACGGAUAUUCACCAAAUUACGUGCUCAUCAGUGCCGGUUCUGGACACUUUUUUUCCCCAAAGUCUUGGAAAUGACAGGAAAUAUUGAUGAAGCAGAACAAGAGUGGAGAGCAGGAUUUCAUCGCUGGAGCAAUUACAUGAUGGACUGGAAAAAUCAAUUUAACGAUUACACUAGCAAGAAAGAAAGCUGCGUGGGUCUCUAAUUAAUAGAUUUACCCUUUCCGGAAUCUCUACUUUCCUGUAGAUUAAGGUAAAAAUAUCAGUGGCUCUCUCACAUACCUAGUAAGAAAGCUAUUACAUAGCUGAAACAGUAAUGCCAGAGGAUAAUAUUGAUCACAGCUGAAAUAGUAAUGCCAGAGGAUAAUAUUGAUCACCCAUACUUUCUCUUAGUAUUUCACUCAGCAUGUCAGAACCCAGUGGCUAUAACAUGUUUAAUUAAAUUUCACAAUAUAAAGUUCAACAGUUAGUAAUAUGCAUAUUAAAAAGACCUCUUGCUUCAGUCUCUUCUCUUUUGAAUAACUUUAAGUU